GGCGGUUCCUCGGCCCUGCCAGUUCCCGCGGAGUGCCGCGCCGGCGGCCGGCCCUCACCGCGCGGGUACCCCCGGCAGUGUCGCGACGGUGGAUCAGCCCGGUGGUGGUCGGUCGACCGAUAAUACGUCUCCGUGGUCGCGGUCGCGCGAGCUGAAGCGAGAAACCUAACCGAGGAAAGCACGCGGAAGCAUCGGCAUCCGGGACGGGACGCGCCGACCAGUCAUCUAAGAGCAUCUCAGCACUGGUGCGGUACACAUACACAUCGACAGCAAGCGACACGCGGAACGAUGAAGCUCCAGGAAGCGGCGCUUCUCUGCGCCGUCUUGACCGUCGUCGCAGUUCACUGCCAGAAGAACAAAAAAGAUGAAGACAAGAAGGACGAGGAGUUCAGGUGUCCGGAAGGCCAGGGUAACGGUAACUUCGCCGAUCCGGCUACCUGCAGAAGGUUUUACCAAUGCGUCGAUGGAUAUCCCUACUUGAACCGAUGCCCGUCGGGUUUGCACUUCGACGACAUCAGCAAGUUCUGCACCUUCAAGAACGAGGCGCGAUGCGGACCCAUCGAGGCCACCCCGGCGCCGAUUACUGAGCCGCCGACGGACCUGGCUGAGCGAUGCGACACGGCCAACUGUCAGCUUCCGUAUUGCUUCUGCUCCCGCGACGGCACGAUCAUUCCCGGCGGUCUUCAGCCAGACGAGACGCCACAGAUGAUCAUAAUGACGUUCGAUGGGGCGAUCAAUCAUAACAACUUCGAUCAUUACCAGAAGAUCUUCACCCAAGACCGCCUGAACCCUAACAACUGUCCGUUGAGGGGCACGUUCUUCAUCUCCCAUGAGUACUGCAACUACAACAUGGUCCAAAGUCUGGCGCACGACGGCCACGAGGUUGCCACGGAAACGAUCUCGCUGCAGAAAGGCUUGGAGGAUAAGGGCUACGAGGAGUGGGUCGGUGAGAUGAUCGGCAUGCGAGAAAUAUUGAAGCACUUCAGCAAUAUCUCUACUAGCGAGGUGGUCGGCAUGCGAGCGCCCUAUUUGAAGCCCGGUCGCAACACUCAGUACAAGGUGCUCGAGGACUUCGGUUAUAUAUACGACAGUAGCAUAGGGAUCUCGCCGCUGAAGGUGCCGAUCUGGCCAUACACCCUCGACUACAAGAUCCCGCACGAGUGUAAAGCGGGCACUUGUCCCACUAAGUCGUUCCAGGGUAUCUGGGAACUGCCUUUGAAUGCGCACUACGUGGAGAGCUACGAAGGUGGACACUGUCCUUAUCUGGAUCAAUGCGUUCUUCACAAUCACGACCCCGAGGAGGUUUUCGAGUGGUUGCAGGAGGAUUUCAACAGAUAUUACGAGCAGAACCGAGCGCCGUACAUGAUGCCUUUCCACACCAAUUGGUUCCAGAUCAAAGAGUUGGAGCGCGGUCUGUCAAAAUUCCUCGACUGGACGGUGACGCUACCUGACGUUUAUUUCGUCACCGCCACACAAGCGUUGACAUGGAUGACUGACCCGAAACCGAUCAAGGCCUUGCACAAUUUCGAAGGAUGGUCGUGUAAAAAGAAAGAGAACUUGCCGGGGCCACCGUGUAACAAUCCGCAUAAGUGCGCCUUAGAUUUCAAGCCUGCCGAAUCGAAUUUCACAACAACGAGGUACCUGGAGACGUGUAGAGAGUGUCCGAACAAAUAUCCGUGGUUAGGAGAUUCAAAAGGUACAGGGUUGUACAAUGACAAUUACAAUCCUGAAAAGAAAUAGGAGCUUCAACGAGUUAGAUUUAAUUUUAGCGCAAGCGAUUUGCGUCUCGCCCGUUGUUAUUAAAAUGGAUGCUGCGUGUGAUACAUCUAAUAGCAGGCGUCUCGCUCCUUCUCCAGCACCAGGAAAAAAUACUAUUGAUACAAAUGGGUGUUUUUCAAAUGUACAACUCAGCGUGCGUGAACUUGUACUUUUAUUCUCGUACAGAGCACAUACUUGACAAUCGUUCACAGACACCUAUAAUGUUAAGCGUAUACUGCUCGAUCUGGACUAUUAACAAAGAGAAAAUAAAGUGUAUCCGUGCUAUAUAAAAUCCCAUAAACCACAUUCUUUCUUUCGCAGGAUAACAGCAAUCUGAAAUGAUUAUUCUUGUACAUGUGUUCUCUUUACAGAAUAUACUUAUUCUAAGACAUUCACAAAAGCAAUCUCUUAUCAUAAUAUUAUAUUUAAAAUUGGUCAUUUUAUUGACCGUAACGAUACAUUUUAAUAUUGUGUAUAAGUAUAUACAUAUAUAGUACAUCUACAUUUAUUAUGUUGAA